UAAGUUUUCUUUCCGCUUCCUUAUGCAGGAGAGGGAGAGAGAAGAAAGAGAUUUGUGCGCCGUGAGAAGAGAGAGAGAGAAGAUGAGAGGGAGGAGUUACAGUUACAGCCCUUCACCACCGCCAAGAAGCAGGAGGGUUCGUAGCCCUAGCCCAAGGGAUCGCUACAGGGGACGAAGCAGGGAGCUCCCUACGAGCCUCCUGGUUCGCAAUCUUCGACGCGAUUGCAGGCCUGAAGAUCUUCGUAGACCCUUUGGGCAAUUUGGUCCCCUGAAAGAUGUCUAUCUGCCACGGGAUUAUUAUACCGGGGAACCGCGUGGGUUUGGUUUUGUGCAAUACGUGGACCCUGCUGAUGCGGCUGAAGCCAAAUAUCGAAUGGAUCGACAAAUCCUUCUUGGUCGAGAGCUUACAGUUGUAUUUGCCGAGGAGAACAGAAAGAGGCCAGCUGAAAUGCGUGCAAGAGAGUGUGGGAGUAGUCGAGGGUAUGAUAAUCGGAGGUCCUCUCGAUAUUCAAGGUCAAGGUCUCGCAGCUCUGAUCACUAUUCCCCAUCCCCUGGACAGAGUCGUCACUUAAGAUCUGUCUCACCAGAUAAUCAGAAGUACACUCGACACCGUUCCUAUUCUCCUUCGCCUUCGCCAUAUGGUUCAAGAAGUCGAAGCCCUGACAAUUACUCGAGCAGGCGAUCAUACAGAGAAAGAUCGGUGUCUUUGAGCCAGUAGACUGCAAUAGUCAUCUGUUUGCUGAUAAAGUGCUCCCAUGCAUGGAUAGAAAGGUGCAUUCAUAUCAAGUUUACCAUUGAGAUCUGUGAAAUAACUAGCUGUCAUGUUUUUUAUUUAUCUAGUGUAGAUUGAGGCAGGUAGUAUCAUACCGAACAGAUGAAUGCUGAAUUCUAGAUGGACAUUCACAUGGUUAAUUUGAAGGGGGAAGUUAACGAAUGGUCCUAGUGAUUUGCAAUUUAAUAACUUUAGGAAUUUCUUGAAUUCUGUGGCCUUGAUGCUGAUUUCUCUCAAUAUUUGAGAUAUGGGCUACAAAAUGCUAACAGAUUGGAUGGGAUUUAUAUACCUGUCUUUUUGUGA